UCUGAGGCUGCUUACUAUCUUAAAGGUGUAAGGAAGCCGUGAAGACAGUCAAGGUUCUCCCGCGUACUAUGAUACUAUGAUUUCGGUAGCUCUGAUUAUUAUGUGUUUUUUCCCGUUGGCGCAAAAUGAGUACUCUCGUCCUUCCUACCAAGUCCUUUUGCGCAAAAGGACUACUUUAGGAGAUUUGAUUGAUGCCCACUGCUAUGGGAACAUCAUUCAGAGCCGUCUGGUUUUAACAUCAGCAUCGUGUUUAUUGAGUGAUAGCGAGUUCGUAAAUGGAAGGGAAUUGUUAAAAGCUGAUGAGUUGGCUGUAUUCUUCAAAGGCGACGAUUUAAACGAGUUGAUAUACCUUGUUGGUGGCAUAGACACCUAUCCAGGGUUUAAUUUCUCAUCGUUGGACAAUGAUAUAGCGAUCUUAAGACUCAGUAUGCAACUACCUCUUUCUGAGCGAAACGAUAUUGAAUGGGUUUUAGUCGCUGACUACGAUUUUACCGAUUCCCCAUUGGAGGAGGGCGUGGAAUCUUACGUUUGGAAAAACUCGAAUGAGGAAAAUAUAUAUCCCGGCUAUGGCGUUAUUCAUGAAAGUAACUUAGUUGGAAUCAUUUCCUAUGGCCCGCCAUCGAAAAAUAAACGAGAAUCUAAUCUAGAAGCUCGGAAACCAAAUAGGUUUACGCAAUUAAACCCAUAUUUAAGUUGGAUAUAUACAAUAAUACAGAAUGCAGAGAUUGUGGACAUACAAAAUAACAACUACAGUGCAUCUCUACCUUAUCGUGAAAGGAAAACCGCCGAAAUAGUUGAAGAAUUCAUUGAACCUGAUGCGAUGUAUAUUCCAGUCCCAACAAAACCCAUUAAAGAUGACAUUGAAACUGAGGUAGAAGAUUUGACUAAUUCAGAAACUGAUGCUGUCAACGUGGAAAGCGUUUUAGAAAAUUUUAUAAACACACAGGACCCAUUAAACGAAAACAUCGAAACUAAGAAAGAAUUUUUAAAAAACGGAUCGAACAUUCAUAAAGCCAAGACAGUUUCUGCAUGGAUAUUCAUAUUUAAUUUACUUCUUGCGAAAACUCGCACUAUAAAUUUCUUCUUUUCCUAACAAAUUUUUCCCUUUAAUUUGUAAACUUUAAUAAGAUCAGUUUCCAUUAUCUAAAUGUAUAUUUAAUCUGCAAGAAAAUAAAUAUGCUGUAUUAAGAAUUAAAUAUUUCAAACAUAUAUUGUAAUACCAUUUGUAUUGAUUUUUUGUACAAUUAAAUAUUUCAAUAACCAAAUAAAGUUAUCAGCUGAUGCACAAAUAAAAA